AUGGCGUCAGACAGAUCCGACAGGGAUGGGGAGUCAGACGGAGACGUAGAUGGCAGCUGUGCUGAUGUCAGCGCUCUUUCGGGGGAGGAGUACUUCAAGGCGUCCUGCGCCCGAGAGAUGGCGCUGCUGGCUCUGAUGGACAAGACCGGCUACAGCAUGGUGCAGGAGAAUGGCCAGAGGAAGUAUGGAGGACCUCCCCCUGACUGGGAGGGCCCGGCUCCCCCGAGAGGCUGCGAGGUGUUUGUGGGUAAAAUCCCCCGGGACAUGUACGAGGACCAGCUGGUGCCGCUGUUCGAGAGAGCGGGACGUCUGUACGAGUUCAGACUCAUGAUGGAGUUCAGCGGGGAGAACCGCGGCUAUGCUUUCGUCAUGUACACCAACAGAGAGGCGGCGCAGAGAGCCAUCAGCACGCUGGAUAACUUCGAGGUCCGUCCGGGGAAGUUCAUCGGCGUGUGUGUGAGUCUGGAUAACUGCCGGCUGUUCGUUGGCUCCAUCCCCAAAGACAAGAGGAAGGACGACAUCCUGGAGGAGAUGAACAAGGUGACGGAGGGUGUGGUGGAUGUGAUCGUGUAUCCCAGCUCCACAGAUAAGAGCAGGAACCGAGGCUUCGCCUUCGUGGAGUACGAGUCCCACAAAGCUGCUGCCAUGGCCCGCAGGAAGCUCAUCCCAGGAACCUUCAAACUGUGGGGUCAGUCCAUCCAGGUGAACUGGGCGGAGCCGGAGAAGGACGUGGAUGAGGACGUGAUGCAGCGCGUCAGGGUGCUCUACGUGCGUAACCUGAUGCUGAGCACGUGCGAGGAGACGGUGCGGCAGGAGUUCUCGCGCUUCCGGCCAGGCAGCGUCGAGCGCGUGAAGAAGCUCACCGACUACGCCUUCGUGCACUACCGUUCCCGCGACGACGCCAUCACCGCGCUCAGCCUGAUGAACGGCGCGCUGAUUGAUGGCGCCACCGUGGAGGUGACGCUCGCCAAACCGGCGGUACUCAAAGAGGGUCGGGGCCCGGUGGGAGGGGGGCGGGUCUACAACAGCAGCAGGGGUUACCUUGGGAGUCACAACGCGGGAGCGGGAGGAGCCGGGACAUCACUCCUGCACAGGGAGGCAGCGGGGGACAUGUGCUCCCCCCUCAGGACCAUGCCCCUGCCGCCACGCCUGGGAAGCCCCUUCUACCCAGGUGAAAUAGAGCCUGAUGAGUCUGUGUUCUCUCUGAUCAACGGGCCCCCGCUGUCCCCAACCAGCCUCCUGUCUCUGAAGCAGAGACAGAUCGGCUCGGCCGUCAACCUGCUGGACUUCCACUGCUGCAAAAACUGCUGGUCAGAGCCCGAGUACCUGCUGUACACGACCCCGGGGCCCGACGGGGAUCUGCUGCUGCUCUACAAGGUGAUAAUCUCGUCCACAGGGAACACCUACUACCCUGACAAACUGUGUGUGAUGCUGGAGGACGCCAAGGAGCUGGCUGCACGCACCACACUGUGGAGCCUAGGUUUGUCCCUCCUGAGCUCCCCCUCCUAUGACACCCCCGGCUCCCCCUCACCCCCCCACGUCCUCCCCCCCUCUACCCCCGGGCUGCUGACCUGUGGCAGCCGAGCCUUCGCCUCCUGCCUCCCCCCACCUCCUCCUGCCUCCCCCUUCGCCCUGACCCCUCCCUCCUCCCACGAUCACAUGCUGUACCCGCAGUCAACUUUCUACUGA